UGCACAAUUCCCAUGGCAUUCGUAACGAGAAGUGGUUCAGUACUGGGUGAUCACCAGCAAGGAGGCAGCUGCUUGACAUGCAAGCUGAGCCUGAGCUAUUUAGUGUUCUAGAGAACCCGCGUCUCUGUGCUCACUGAGUGGGCCUCUAAGUGACUUCCUCGUACCCGAAUCAAACUACCUACGCAAAAACAUGUUGAGUUUUCAGGAAGAACCAUUACAGAUGAAAUCUUGCAACCACAUUUUCUGGUGAGAGGACGCCAUGUGGGGCAUGAAGACCAGGCAACACUUCGAGCCUUCCUCGGCGUCAGUCUCAGCUGCAGGAGCAGCUAAUGGCAAUACAGCUGUUUCACUGCGUUCAGCUAGAACGAAGACUCGAGGAAGUUCAAGAAUGAGCAGGAGAAGAAUUUCUUGCAAAGACCUUGGACGGCCAGACUACCAGGGAUGGCUGUACAAGAAGAAGUCCAACAAGGGCUUUAUUGGCAACAAAUGGAAAAAGUAUUGGUUUGUGCUGAAAGGGACCUACCUGUAUUGGUACAUCAACCAAGCUGCAGAGAAAGCUGAAGGCUUCGUUAAUUUACCAGAUUUCAAAAUUGAUCAAGGCACAGAAUGCAAAAAGAAACAUGCAAUAAAGGCCAGCCAUUCAAAACACAAGACCUUCUACUUUGCCGCAGAGAAUGCUGAAGACAUGAGCACAUGGAUUAACAAAAUGGGAUUAGCUGCUAUUGAGUAUGUUCUGCCCCCUUCGGAAGCGAAAACAGAAGACUGCUGGAGUGAGAGUGAGCAGGAAGAUACCGAUGUUUCAGCAGAGGCACCAAACUCAGCGCAUGCAUCGGGACGACAGGAGCAGCAUGCAACUCCACUACAAUCUUCAUUCACGCCCAGCGAAACGUUGAAUACAUUUUCAUCUCUGGAGAGCACAGCAUCUUGUGCAUCAGCAUCUGCUGCUUCACUGUCACAACACAACUCCCCGGGAAGGCAAUCCUGUCAAGACAUUGUCCGUUUAUCACAAACUGAUAUUGGAACCCUCUGCUCAUCAUCUGAUGCACAACAUAGUGCAGGAUCGUCGCAGCAAGUAACGUGCGGAAAUGCUACACAAGAGCUGAACAGGAUUUCCUCUGGACCGAGGGACAAUCGCACUGCAGGAGGACCACGGUCCUUGGUCGAUGGUGAAGGUACGGAAACGUCAGGACACCCUGAUGUUCUCAGCACCCGUGAGAAAGAACAACCACAAAAUUCUGACGAAAUGGAGCAAUUGUAUAAAUCGUUGGAGCAAGCAAGUCUUUCUCCGAUUGGAGGACAUCGAGCAUCAACAAAGAGGGAUUUCAGGCGAUCCUUUAUAAAGCGCAGUAAAAAUCCUGUUGUCAAUGAAAGACUGCACAAAUUGAGAACAUUGAACAGUACGCUAAAGUCCAAAGAAGCUGACCUGGCAGUAAUAAACAUACUCCUGGAAAGUUCGCAGUUGACCGCAGAGAAAUUCCGACAGUGGAAAGAAGAUUAUUCACUAUUGCUGCAGGAUAUUUGCAAAGGAGUCCAGUCUAAAGUUUGUGCCGCAAGGAAUUCUGGAAUGCUGGAGAAUCGGGUACCAUCAGCUCUUGUAUCAGAUGCUUAAUUUGGACAUUUAACUUACUCAGAUGUGGUACUUUGUCUUGGUCGAACAAAGCUGUUUCCUGAAGCACGAAGAAUUAUAGGACUUCCAACAAGCCAAUCUAGCCAGUAAACUAAUAAGAAACAGUGCUUAUUGUGACUUUAGGUCAUCAUUUUCAACUUUCAUCACAGGACUUGUGAAUGAUUAUUUAAUUUAUAGGCAAUUGCACUGAGUAAUGGCUACAGUUUUAUUUGUAAGUAAACACCUCUUUAGAGGGUCGAAGUUUAUAGAGAACAUUCAUAGUCUAUUUUUGUUUUAUUCUAUUUAUUCUCAAUUGUGAUCGGGCAUGAAAUGGUUCUGAAGCCUGCAGUAUCUGAAACAUAUUUGCACAUGUAAAAAAAUCUGUAUAUAUGAAAUGUCACUUGAGAAACAAAUACAAUGCCAAUGAUUCCACUGAAAGUAAAGGCUAAUGUGCAUAUUAAGUCCCAUUUUUAUUUUUAAACAAUUGCAGUUGAAAUCAUCAGCACAAUAAAAAUGUGCCUGCAAACGUUAAGGUCAUAAGUGAUAGGAGCAGAAUUAGGUCAUUCGGCCCAUCAGAUCUACUCGCCCAUUCAAUCAUGGCUGAUCUAUCUCUCCCUCCUAACCCCAUUCUCCUGACCUCUCCCCGUAACCCUUGACACCCGUACAUGUUGUUGAAGAGACAUGAUCUGCAGGGAUAUGGGGUUGGUUGUUUGGAAGUGGGUGAGGUUCUCUUUCAACAAUUGUCCUACAGUGAUGUAAAUUGUCUAUACUGUACAUUCUCGUUUACAUUCUGAUUUAAUUGUACCAAUCAAAGGUUUGUUGUAAAACAUAGUGCAAUGAGGAUAUUUUUUCUAUUCUUUCACCAUUAUAAAAUCAUAAUA